AUGUUUUCAGAUCCUGCUGGAUUCAAAGCUAAUGUUGAGCGGAUUAGAAAUCCCACAAGCUCAUUUAUAUCUAAUCAUUUGCUUGAAAAUAUCUCCAUUAGCGGUCUCAAAGAAGUUUUCAACUAUAGAUUGCUGAGAGAUCAGUUGAAGGAGCUGAUACCAAAAAUUUCUUGGAAAAUUGAUAUUCCACAAGACAUUAUUGAACCUAUUGGAAAUCUGGUAUUGAAUGGUGACCCAGAUAAUUCUUUCGGGCAAAUAACCACUUCUAAUAAUAAAUUAUUUAUUGACGAAAUAGGCCUGGUUCACCUUUAUAAUGUUGGUUUGGUACAUCGCAUGUUGACUCACUUAUAUGGUAGUGAUAAAUCAUUUGGCGCCCCAGAAGUGCUUUUUGCUAUCUGCUCUGACAGAUUUCAUGAUAAUAAGAGGGUCUAA